AUGUCUCUCCCGACGCGCAAGAUUGGUAACACGGACGUAACGGCCAUCGGCUAUGGCGCGAUGGGCAUCGCUGCGUUCUAUGGCCAGGUUCAGAAUGACGAGGAGCGCUUCAAGAUGCUCGAUGCCGUAUACGAAUCAGGAUGCACGAACUGGGACACUGCUGACGUAUACAACGACUCUGAGGAGUUGCUCGGCAAAUGGUUCAAGCGCACAGGCAAGCGCAAUGAGAUCUUCCUCGCCACCAAGUUCGGCGUCACCUUUGGCCAAGCGAAGAACAUCACCGGCGACCCGGAGUACGUCAAAGCCGCUUGUGAGAAGAGUUUGAAGCGCCUCGGUGUUGAUCAGAUUGACUUGUACUACAUGCACCGAGCGGAUGCGACGGUCCCGAUCGAGAAGACGGUCGGCGCAAUGGCUGAGCUGGUGAAAGAGGGCAAAGUCAAGUACAUCGGCCUAUCCGAGGUCUCCGAGAAGACUCUCCGGCGCGCGCACGCGGUACACCCCAUAGCGGCAGUCCAACUGGAGUACUCGCCCUUCGUUCUUGACAUCGAACGUCCUGAGGUCGGACUGCUCUCAGCGUGCCGUGAACUCGGUAUUGCCGUUGUCGCGUAUUCUCCCCUUGGCCGUGGCCUGCUUACGGGUCGUUACAAAAGCCCGGACGACUUCGAGGCAGACGAUUUCCGCCGCACGGUACCCAAGUUCAGCAAAGAGAACUUCCCGAACAUCCUCAAAGUCGUCGACGAGAUCAAGGCGGUCGGAGAGGCGCAUGGGGCACCGCCUAGCACGACGACGCUGGCAUGGCUCCUUGCUCAGGGUGACGAUAUCAUUCCUAUCCCCGGAACGCGCAGCGUGAAGUAUCUGCAAGAGAAUCUCGCAGCAUGCAAGCUGCAGCUGACACCCGAAGAGGUCAGGAAGCUCAGGGACAUUGCGGUGAGAGCCGAGAAGGACGUCAAGGGUGAUCGCUACAAUGCUGGGUUCAUGGAGUUCAUCUUCGCGGAUACGCCAGAACUUUGA